CUUGUUGUCCACCCCACACACACACUUCUCCAUUCACCGCUCCCUUGCAUCGCGACGCUUUUUACUCCUUCGGCUUCCUACAUAUCGCUGUUAUUACUACCGACACCACCACCACCGCCGCCAUUCGAGGCCUUUCCGCACCUGCCAGCGCACGCGCAUGGCGUACUGUCCCGCCUCCUCAUGUCCCUCCUUUCUGACACUGUCGUCUCGGGAGGCUCUCGAUUCCAUGUAGAGAAAGGAAAGACAUCGACCGCGAGGGAUGGCUCCGGACUGCCGAGUCAGCUAUCCACAAAGGGCCUGCUUGCACCUCUCGUGCACCUGGCGAGGAACCCAUUGGAACUCCUAGCCAGUCAUGGCUCGGUGGAACCCAAAGGCACUGCUUCAGUAGAGGCAGAUCGUCGACAGUUGCUCUAUCUGCGUCUCCGAGAAGCCGAGAGCAACGAGGAGUGGACAGCCGCUGCAACCGAGCUAGACAACCUCGAAGGCAACGAUGCUUGGAAGCUGGAGGACGAAUCGACCGAGUAUGACAAUGUUUUGCUCAAAGCCCGACUGCGCGAAAUCGAUGACGCCCGCAUUAGUUGUGACGUAAAGAGGAUGAUAUACUUGAUUCGGACCGCCCUGGCCCGCGACCUGGGUGGCAUGGGCGACCUGCGCCUAUACAAGCAUUCCCACAUCGGCACCAAGAAGUUGAUCGAAAGAUACAAUGAUUCCGUGACCCAACUAUUGGCAUCACUGCCAGAUGUGGCCGCCAAGCAAGGAACCCAAUGCUCACUCAAACCCAAUGUGGUCUUGGACGAAUUGCUGCGCGCUCGUCAGGCAUAUGGACGGACCGCACUUUUACUGUCAGGAGGUGGAACGUUCGGUAUGAACCACAUUGGGGUUGUAAAAUGCUUGUGGGAACAGCGUCUUCUCCCGCGCAUCAUUUCAGGCGCUUCUGCGGGUAGCAUUGUAUGCGCUGUUCUGUGCACCAAAUCCGACACCGAAAUCCCUGGCGUUCUCGACGAGUUCUGCUACGGUGAUUUGGCUGUCUUCGAAAAGGUCGGUGAAGCAGACAGCUUGGUCGCAAAAGCCACGCGAUUUCUGACAGAGGGCGCGUUGUUCGACAUUACCCAUCUGACAAGAGUCAUGCGAAGUAUGCUGGGCGACAUGACAUUUCAGGAGUCGUACAAUCGAACACACCGCGUUCUCAACAUCACAGUCUCUAGCGCCAGCAUGUACGAACUUCCGAGACUGCUCAACUACGUCACAGCUCCUGAUGUCUUGAUAUGGUCCGCCGUUUGCGCGUCUUGCUCUGUGCCUUUCAUUUUCUCUGCGGCCUCGCUUAAAGCCAAAGAUCGUGCUACCGGAAAAGAGGUUCCCUGGGAUCCUACACCCAAUGAUGGAUGGAUUGAUGGUUCUGUCGACAACGAUCUACCCAUGAGUCGUCUUGCGGAGAUGUUCAACGUGAACCACUUCAUCGUUUCGCAAGUUAACCCUCAUGUAGUGCCCUUUUUGGCCAAAGAUGAGGGGUCUCUUCAAACAGAAGUGCAAGAGCAAUCUUCCGGGCCCAGUUGGGUACAGAAUAUGGCAAACUUGGCAAAAGGGGAAGCUUUGCACCGACUUGAUAUGCUUGCAGAAAUGGGUGUGUUUCCCAACGCCGUCACGAAAGCGAGGUCGGUGUUGAGCCAGCGGUAUUCUGGUGACAUCACCAUCUUUCCUUCCAUAUCGUAUACGAAUUUCCCCAAAAUCUUGAGCAAUCCGACAACUGAGUAUAUGCUGCAUUGCCUUCUUACGGGAGAGCGAGCGACUUGGCCCAAACUGUCGCGCAUACGAAAUCACGUGGCUAUCGAGUUAUCCCUUUACGAUUGCAUCAACAAGAUGCGCCCGCACGUCCAUUUCAAUCAGGACGAAUCCAUUCGGAGACUCGAAACUCUCAACUCUCACACUGGCGAUCUGAAUCGAACUAGGCGUUUGAACAAGUCAGCACACUUCGAAAGUCAGACAGCUAACCCUACUCCUACGGUAGAGUUGUCUUCCCCGUUCUCUAGUCCCCACACAAAAUUAUCUUACCGUCACACCCCCCAAUUCUAUCUUCCAUCACGCACUAGAUGGGGCAACGACCAGCCAUUAGACCUUGCUAAGUCUCUUUCAGUCGUCGAUGCCGUCUCUUCCACAGAUCCAGAUGGCUCCUCGACGGGCGGAGACUUUUCCUCGAACGACGAGUCUAAUACAUCCGAUUUCCUAUCUUCACCAUCCCCACCGCGCUCCCCACCUCUACGAAUGCCUGAACUAUGGCCAUCCACCAGACAGAUGAUGUUUCCCUCGGCGUCCAAUCCUUCUACCCCGUCUGCACCGGUGGUUGCCUCCGGACGCCGAAAUAGCGCAACAUUGAAUCUCACCAUGACCUCUCGUGCAGGCCCUAGCUCUCCUGAACUCCGAUACAAACGUCUUUUCCAUGGCCCAGUCCACAGUCCUAUUCCCGGCUCCCCGCAUAUCUCACCGCAACUCAAGGCUGGAGAGCAGAAAUAUCCGACCAUUGACUCCAAGAUAUCCCCAGUGCAGAAGAACGAGUCGCCCUCAGUAGAUUCCCGUGCACGUUUAGAACAGACCACGACUUACUCUUCAGAUGAAGAUGGUGCGUGCGACCUUGGGCAUUCUUAUUCCAGCCAAACUCCAAAGUCCUCUUCAUAUGCCAAUACGGAUAGAACGAAGAUGAGUGGCAAACCAGGCCGGCAGGAGAGAGAUUCGUUCGAUCUCCCAUUUGAUUAUUCUGGCACAAGAGGUAUGGUGUUGAGGAAGAAGCGCUCUCGGGGUGACGGAUUUGCCAAUUGA